AUGGAGCAGUACAGUAUUCUUGGUCGUAUUGGUGAAGGUGCUCAUGGAGUCGUUUUAAAAGCUAAGCAUAUUGAGAGUGGAGAACUUGUUGCUCUAAAAAAGGUUCCUUUGAGAAAACUUGCUGAUGGAAUUCCUAACACAGCACUUCGAGAAAUAAAGGCUCUCCAAUUUAUUGAGUCCAGUCCGUACGUUGUCCAUCUACGAGAAGUUUUCCCUCAUGGUACUGGUUUUGUUCUCGUCUUUGAGUACAUGGUUACGGAUCUUAGUGAGGUUAUUCGGAAUUCGGAACCUCCUCUUACUGAAGAACAGUCCAAAUGUUAUAUGCUAAUGAUACUAAGAGGAGUUGAAGUCAUGCAUGCUAAUGGAAUUAUGCACAGGGACCUUAAGCCUGCCAAUCUAUUGAUUAGUUCGGAGGGGGUCCUGAAAAUAGCUGACUUCGGUCUUGCAAGAGUUUUCGAGAAUAAUAAUGAGCGACUAUACAGUCAUCAAGUGGCUACAAGGUGGUAUCGAGCACCUGAAUUAUUAUACGGAGCUAAAAAAUACACAAAUAGUGUUGAUUUAUGGGCUAUCGGUUGUAUAUUUGGCGAAUUACUUAACAGUUCUCCAAUGUUCCCGGGAGAAAAUGAUAUUGAACAACUUUGGUUUGUUGUGCGUGUUCUGGGGACUCCGAACGAAGAUAUAUGGCCCGAAGUUAAAGAACUGCCUGAUUAUAACAAGAUAAGUUUUAACCUGUGUGAAACCAUCCCGUUUGAGGAAGUUCUUCCGGAUGCAUCAGUUGAAGCCGUUGCUCUUGUUAGUAAAUUUUUAGUGUACCCACCCCAUCAAAGAAUUACGGUAUCCGAAGCAUUGAAAGAUCCAUAUUUCACUACGGACCCACUGCCAGCUCAGCUUUCUGAACUUCCUGUGGUUACACCGCAUCGUAAUACCCUGCCACAUCCUCAAGAAACUUAUGAAGUUUGUCUUACAACUCCUUUGGAGUCGAUUCUUUGUAAUCAUGAAGUACUGAAGGAAGGUGUGAAAUUACUGGAUGAUGAAUUAACGAACUCCUUUGACGGUCCAACAGGUGUUACUCGCAUGUGA